AUGGCAAAUGUACGCGAAAUACAAAAUCCUGCCUUUUCUGCUGUCCUCACAAGAUCUCUCCGGAACCUUGGCAUUCAGCAAGUCAUUAAAUUUGACAGAGUCCUUCUCAAUGACGGUAACUGUUAUGAAACACACACUGGGAUGUUUACAGCGCCAGUAGCUGGCAGGUAUCUCUUUAUCUACAACUUCGGACUUCACGGGAGUACAGAAACGUGGCUUCAACUAGUCAAAAAUGGCGCACGCCAAAACCAAGCUGGUGUCGAAGGUAAAGUAAGUGAUCAAAAUCUGCAGGGUGGAAAUGCUGCAAUUAUUUAUCUUAACCAAGGUGACGACGUUUGGAUCGAGACGGCAAUAUUAUCUGACGUGACUGUUGAGGAAUAUUCAACUACAUUCUCUGGAGCACUUCUCUAUUAA